AGUUUGUCUGAAACCGCUCUUUCUGUCAAAAUUUCCGACCAAAUCUCAUUCCUAUAUAAACACCAUGUCACUCUCAUUUCUUCAUCUCUUCCAUCAUCAUAGUUCACAAACCCUUAUCUCUCCUUCAAUCUGAGCUGAGAUGGAGACUCCUGCUUCAAAGAAGAGGGCUAACGCUGAACCAAUUGUUCUUAACAAUAAGAAACAAAGGGUUGUUUUGGGUGAUCUUCCCAAUUUACCAAAUCUCAAUGUUUCUCCCAAACCCCAAACUCAGAAGAAACUUAGGCCAAAGAAAUCUGAUGCUGUCCGUUUGGUUUAUGGUUUCAAUUUUGAUAAACCAGAUUUCAGCAAAAUCAAUGCAAAAUCUGAUUAUGAAGAGAUUUUUGAGUCUUAUGCAUCUGAUAUCUCCAACUAUCUUCGCACAAUGGAGGUUCAGAAAAAGAGAAGACCAAUGAUUGGUUAUAUUGAGAAAGUUCAAAGAGGUGUUACUGCUAAUAUGAGAGGGAUACUGGUUGAUUGGUUGGUUGAGGUUGCUGAAGAAUACAAGCUUCUCCCUCAAACCCUUCAUCUUGCUGUUUCAUACAUUGACAGAUUCCUGUCCAAUGAGUCUGUCAACAGAUCUAAGCUUCAAUUGCUUGGUGUUUCAUCCAUGCUCAUCGCAUCAAAGUAUGAAGAAAUCUCCCCACCAAAGGCUGUUGAUUUCUGCCAGAUUACUGAUAACACCUAUGAGCUGAAACAGGUUAUUAAGAUGGAAGCUGAUAUUCUUAAGUCAUUGAAUUUUGAAAUGGGCAACCCUCAUGUUAACACUUUUCUCAAGGAAUAUAUUGGGCCUGCUACUGAGGAUCUAAAGACUUCAAAAUUACAAAUGGAAUUUCUGUGUAACUAUCUUGCUGAGCUAAGCUUGAUAGACUAUGAAUGUAUAAGAUUCUUGCCUUCUAUGGUGGCUGCAUCUGUUAUAUUUCUUGCUAGAUUCAUAAUCUGUCCUGGAGUACAUCCUUUGACCUCAUCUUUGAGUGAAUGCUUGUUUUACAAAUCUGCUGAGUUGGAGGAAUGUGUUCUGAUUUUGCAUGAUUUGUAUUUGGUAAGAAGGGCUGCAUCAUUGAAAGCUGUUAGGGAGAAAUACAAGCAACACAAGUUCAAGAAUGUGGCAAACCUUCCUUCAUCUCCAGAAAUACCAAAUCAUUACUUUGUAGAAGAGUGACAAUCUGAAUCAGAAAUACUGUCUUAGGGGUUAAGUGGUGUUUGGCAAUCAACUUAGUUAGCCUUAGGCAAAAUAUGUUUGGUGGCUUAGAUACUUGAACCUGGAUCUCUGUGCAUAUGGUUACUUAAUUACUCAUUUUGUUUGGCUAUCUCUUUUGAUGCUAGUCUGGUAGUGCUACAAAUUGUGAUGGCCCUUAGUGUUUUUCAAAUUUUAUACAUCCUAUUGUCCUAGGAUAAGUUUUUAGAGAAAUAUAAAAUGAAUAGACAUACAUUUGCAACAUACAAUGUAUUUUUGAAGUGAUGAAUCAAGAAUAACACACUUUUGAAACACUUGUAUUCAUCUACAUUUUAUUUUUCAUAUAAAUUGAUAUUAUUAGAAAGGACAA